AUGGGAGAGCCAAAGUCGAAACAAUUCGAAAACAUUUACUAUGGACUUUCUAACUAUCCCGGAAUCCUCAAGCUCGCACCAAGUGGUCUUGGAUGGAAGACUGCGGAUUCAGAAAAUAUAGUAACGAUUUCCGCCGAAGAGUUUAAGAGAAUACAGUGGAUGCGUGUUGCUCGAGACUAUCAGUUAAAAGUAGCACUAAAAAAUGGAAGCGCAGCCAGAUUUGAUGGUUUUGCUAAAGAUAAUUUUGAAACGCUGAGAGAAAUAAUUCGUACAAAUUACAAGUUGACUUUGGAGACAAAAGAACUGAGUGUUAAAGGGUGGAAUUGGGGAAAAACAGAUUUUCAGGGGUCUCAAUUACUUUUUAACAUUGGUAACAAAACCGCAUUUGAGAUUCCUCUAUCGCAGGUUGCGAACACCAAUCUUCAGAAUAAGGUCGAAGUAAGUCUUGAGUUCUCACAGCCGGAACAGUUGGGCGAAGAUGCAAAAUCCAAAAGCCGAAAGGCUCCCGUACAUGAACUUGUUGAAAUGAGGUUUUAUAUUCCUGGAAGCACCACGGUUACAAAGGAAGGUGAAUCUGGAGAGAAGAAUGAAGAGGGUGCAGAGGAGGAAGAGGAGGAAAUGAGUGCAGCGAGUUUGUUUUACGAGACAGUAAAAGAAAAAGCAGAUCUCACUCAGGUCUCCGGAGAAGGGAUUGUACUAUUUCAAGAUGUGCUCUUACUUACACCGCGUGGUCGGUACGAUAUUGAAAUAUUUCCUACUUUCUUCCGACUUCGCGGUAAAACAUAUGAUUACAAAAUUCAGCAAACAAGUGUCGGGAACUUAUUUUUACUACCGAAACUUGACGACCUUCACGAAAUGUUUGUUAUUGGCCUGGACCCUCCGUUAAGACAAGGUCAAACACUUUAUCACUUUUUAGUACUCCAGUUUAAAAAAGAAGAAGAAAAAGAAAUCCAAUUAAAUCUUGACGAGUUUGUAUCCGAGACCGUCCAGAAAGAGUACGGUGGGAAACUUGAGCCUCAAUAUGAGGCACCAGUAUAUGAGGUCUUCAGUAAUGUAUUUCAUGUAUUGGCCAAAAAGAAAAUCAUCCGACCAUCAAGUUUCUCAAGUCAACACGACGAGGUAGCAGUCAAAUGCUCCCUGAAAGCUAAUGAGGGAUAUUUAUAUCCACUUGAAAAAUGUUUCCUUUUUAUUCCGAAACCGCCAACACUCAUAAAAAAUGGUGACAUUGAUAAAGUUGUCUUCUCCAGAGUAUCAAUGACAGGUAACUCUGGAAAAGGCGCACUUACGACAUCUAGAACUUUUGACGUAAAGUUCUGCAUGAAGAGUAGUCUGGAAUAUCAAUUUUCUAGUAUAAAUAGAGAAGAAUUCGAUCAUCUGGAUGCUUACUUCCACAGCAAGAACAUAAGAACAGAAAAUGACACCGAAGAAAAAGGUCAACAGGUUCUUGACGUCUAUAGUGAAUACUUUGGUGGCGAUUCUGAUGACGAUUUGAAACGGGAUCCAAAGCGAGACGAUGAUGAGGAUUCCGAAACUGUUGAUGAAGAUUUCGUGGAUGAAGAUUCUGAUAGUGAUGUAGCGGAGGAAUACGAUGAGAACUAUGCAGGAAUCGGAUCUUCCGAAGAAGACGAAGUGCCAAAGAAAAAAGUUAAAGUUUCCAAGUCCAAAUCUUCAAAAUCUUAG